UUCCCUUUCUCUCUCUCUCUCAGUUCUUCUCUGUAGAACUCCCCCCCGCGCCGAUCUCCUCCAUUUGCCACACAUUUGCAAAUCCAACCCACAGAAUCGGUAGAUCAUAGCAAUCUCCACCGGCCUACGGUGUUAUUUUUUGCUAUGGGAUAGUUUUUGAUGUGUAGAGGAGCAGCCAUGGUGGGGAGGAGGAGCCAUGGUGGAGAGGAGGACGGGUAGUAGGUGGUGGUGACUAGUAGCAGCAGCUGCAGAGGAGGAGGUGGUGAGGAGGAGGAGCAGGUUGGGGGCUGACCGGAGUUGAACCUCCGGUCGUCGGGGGCGGCGUUGUCGUUCUCCGGUGGUGCAAGUACUUCGCGAGGUGGCCGGUGCCGCUGAGUCAAAGAGAGAAGCAAGAAGCGGACACACACUUCGAAGGUGAAAAUGUCUGAAUCAGUAAAUCUGAAUGUUUACUACGGCGCUGGUAAUGUUCGAUAUAAUGAGUUGGGGGUUGAUCUUAGCGAGUUUAAAAAUGGCGUUAUGACACUAGCUGACCCGGACAGACUGGACAUUAGACAGUUGAAGUACUGGUUGACAACUAGUUUCGGUCUGGAUCCUGAAGUAUGUUCCGUCAGUAUUCAUGCAUUGUGGACCAAAUCUUGUAAAAAUGUCAAGUGGGAGUUGAUGCCGGUAGAUAGGAGCCAGCAUUGGUUGUCCCUGUUAAGACGCUGCCGAGACCGAAGAAUCCACCCAUAUGCACUUGUGCAACCUGUGCCGAAGAAGGAGAAUACCGUACAACUCCACAGGGGGUAUGAACCCGGCCAAGGCAGUGAAGUGGCUAACGAGAUUGUUUUAUCCGGGUCACAGCCACAAGAUGUGGAUGCUAGCCAACCGGAGAAAGAGUCAGACUACGUGCCACACAAUGUUUGUGGUCCUGAUACUGGGCAGAGUAGCCAGUCGAUAAUAUUAGCUGUUUCUGGUUUUGCUGAUGGGGAUGAGGAAGGGGAUGAAAUGCAGAGGGUGAUGGAGGAAGAGGACGAGGAUGGAUUGGUGGAGGAACUGGAUUCUGAAAAUUCUGAGGAUGAAGUUGAGGUACCGAUUCCUUCUGCAUGGGAGCAGGACAUAUCCACCGGCCUUACGGUGAACGAUGGCCAUGAGACUCCAUGGCAGUAUAAUCUGAACCAAGUACAAAUAGGGGCUAUGUUUGAUACAAAGAAAAAAUUGAAGUAUGCGGUGAUAAAGUGGGCUAUGUCUACGCAGAGGGUUUUCAAGACACACAUAUCAAGUCCAACAAACUAUACCGUGAAAUGUGUUGUAACAGGUUGUCCUGGGAAGGUGCACGGUCACGUGCCGAAGUAUGACAUCCACUGGGUUGUCACCAUUGUCGUCCCACAUAAUUGUGUGAGGACGAACCUGCUGGUGAAGCAUCCGAACCUGACUUCAAGUCUCAUUGCGCAACUCAUGUAUACUGAGAUAGUAGAGAAGAAAGAUAUGGAAGCAAAACACAUCCAGACAGCAGUGAAGGUCAGAUGGAAUUAUGUCAUUGCUUAUGGGAAGGCUUGGAGGGCUAAGCAGAAGGCUAUGGAGGAAAGGUUUGGGACGUUCUUCGACUCAUAUGAUAAUGUUGUCCGUCUCCUGGGCAUACUGAAGGAGAGGAAUCCGGGCACUUAUGUGAACGUACAACACAUGAGGUUGCUGAGUAUACCAGAUUUCAAGGUGUUGAAACGAGUGUUCUUCUCAUUUGCUAUGUGCAUCGAAGCUUUCCGGCAUUGUCCUCCUGUUAUGUUUGUGGAUGGUACAUUCCUGACCGGUCAGUAUAGAGGGCAAAUCCUUACUGCUAUUGGUGUGGACGGGAACAAUCAAAUCAUCCCACUUGCCAUGGCAUUUGUGGAGGGUGAGAACUUUCUCAGCUGGGUUUGGUUCUUCCGCCAAGUGAAAAUUGCCAUCGUGAAGGACCGACCAAACGUGUGUGUCAUUCAUGACAGACAUGCUGGUAUAUUGAAGGCCGUGAAGACACUUCGGAAUCCAGCAGAUGACGAACCAACACCUUGGAGGGACUUGCAGAGCCGGUGGUGCAUGCGCCAUCUUGGGGCUAAUUUUUUCUCACAGUUCAAGAACAAGCGGUUGAUGAACUUGUUCAAAAAAUUAUGCAAGCAGAGCCAGCAGCGGAAAUACGAAUUUAUUUGGUCAAAACUAGAUGAGUUUACUAAGAAGCAGGUCUGCAUUCAUAAUAUACCUAACCAUGUAUCGCGCAUGUCAAUCUCAGGGACAGUCGCCUAGGAGGAAACAAGUCCAUGACUUAUUGGCUUGAGAGCAUUACCCCUUACGUUGACGAAUGGACUACCGCUGCGACAAAUAUCUGGGGUGAGGUUCGGCCCUUUAACUGGGAAAUGUUUGGAUUGUAUCUGCAGCGUUACCGGCAUACAACGAGGAUCUACUUGGUUCCAUCAGCUGCUACUGAUCAGAUCGAAGCCCCUCUCACCAGCGAUAUGUACCCAACUGCCUCUGUUGUGGGAACCAGACACCACGCGGGUGACUUGACAGUACAGGCGCGAGAGGAGGUUUCCGCUUUAAUGCGGCGCUUUCAGAGGGGAGAAACUAUCCCACCGCGAGAGGGCGUCUCAUGGUUGAGGCGUCUUGAUGACAAGCUACGCGGGAUUUACGCAGCUUUUACGUGUAGACGGACUUCGGAUGUUGCACUUCCUCCUCCAGCACAUCGUCCGCCACGUCCCUCUGUACAACAUUCAGAACCACGACCCUCUGUGCACCGUUCAGAACCACGACCCUCUGUGCACCGUGCAGAACCUCAUCCUUCACAGCCAGGGAGAUCUUCCUGGCAUGAGCCACCUCCUUCACAGCCAGGGAGCUCUUCCUGGCAUGAGCCACCUCCUUCACAGCCAGGGAGCUCUUCCUGGCAUGAGCCACCUCCUUCACAGCCAGGGAGCUCUUCCUGGCAUGAGCCACCUCCUUCACAGCUAGGGAGCGCUUACUGGCAUCAGCAGAUGAAUCUAGGCGGCAACCAGUCGCAACCGUUCAUGCAUUCAGAGCAGUCACCGAUCCUUAGUGGUGGUGCUUCGUACUUUGAGGGCGACCGCGAGGAUGAUGACCAAGCUACAAACAUUUAUGGCUUCUCGCAGACAGUGUUUCACACUCCACCACCACCACCGACGCAGGAGACACAGACCGUGACAGACGAGGUUAACUAUGGUCGUGGUUAUCGCGAGCCUCGUCCACCGCCUCAGCGCUUAUCGCCUUCGGGUCCUCGCCCGAGGAAGACCCAGACUCGUCGUCGUCCCCCGCAGUGAUAUGCUUAUCUAUCUAUGUAUGACUCAUUAUCUAUGUUAGUUUCAGACUAUUCGCAGCUGUGUGUCAGUAUUUAUGUAUGAGACAUGCUUCAUGUAUGUGUUACUAUCGCACUUGCUUCUAUGUGAUCAGGAGACAUAUAUUGUUUUAUGUAUGCGAGACACAUAUUACUAUUAAUUCGCAUUCUUAUUUCAGUUA